ACAAAGACGGCGUUCCUCCUCUUUCUCGCCAAAGCAUAUCCUUAUAAGUAAACUGUUGGAAACUCUACCGCCGGUGAACAAAUUUUCCUCCCCAAAGCCGUCGCCCUAAUCAGUUCCCGUUCACGAAUUCAAUUUCCCCAAAAAAUCCUGUGUUCUACUUGUUAAUUUCGGUAAUCGAUCUUCUUCUAGAUCUACGUCAAGAUGGUGUUAGCACAAUUAGGGGGGAGCAUCUCGCGUGCUCUCCAGCAGAUGAGCAAUGCCACAAUCAUUGACGAGAAGGUCCUUAACGAAUGCCUCAAUGAGAUCACACGUGCUCUUCUCCAGUCCGAUGUUCAAUUUAAACUUGUCCGCGAUAUGUCCACAAAUAUAAAAAAAAUUGUCAAUCUUGAUGAUCUUGCCGCUGGACACAACAAGCGUAGGAUCAUCCAAAAGGCUGUGUUCGAUGAGCUGUGCAAGAUAUUGGACCCUGGGAAGCCUUCAUUUACACCAAAAAAAGGGAAACCUAGUGUUGUAAUGUUUGUUGGUUUGCAAGGGUCCGGAAAAACUACAACAUCUACAAAAUAUGCUUUUUACCACCAGAAAAAAGGUUGGAAGCCAGCUCUAGUGUGUGCAGAUACAUUCAGAGCUGGUGCAUUCGAUCAAUUGAAGCAGAAUGCAACAAAAGCUAAAAUUCCCUUUUAUGGAAGCUAUACAGAAUCAGACCCAGUCAAAAUAGCUGUGGACGGUGUAGAGACAUUUAAGAAGGAAAAUUGUGAUCUAAUAAUUGUGGAUACCAGUGGGCGCCACAAACAAGAAGCAGCUCUUUUUGAAGAGAUGCGACAAGUUUCUGAAGCAACGAAACCGGAUCUCGUGAUAUUUGUUAUGGAUAGUAGCAUCGGACAAGCUGCUUUUGAUCAAGCUCAAGCAUUUAGGCAAAGUGUUGCAGUUGGAGCCGUGAUUAUUACUAAGAUGGAUGGCCAUGCAAAAGGAGGUGGUGCCCUAAGUGCAGUUGCUGCAACUAAAAGUCCGAUCAUAUUUAUUGGAACUGGUGAACACAUGGACGAGUUCGAAACUUUUGAUGUUAAACCAUUUGUCAGCCGUCUUUUAGGCAUGGGUGACUUGUCUGGAUUGGUGAACAAGAUACAAGACGUGGUCCCAAUGGAUCAACAGCCUGAGCUUCUUCAGAAGUUAUCAGAAGGACAUUUUACCUUCAGGAUUAUGUACGAGCAAUUUCAGAACAUGCUUAAAAUGGGUCCUCUUGGCCAGGUGUUUUCAAUGCUUCCUGGAUUUAGUGCAGAGAUGAUGCCAAAAGGUCGCGAAAAAGAAAGUCAGGCAAAAAUUAAGCGGUAUAUGACGAUGAUGGACUCCAUGACUAAUGAAGAAUUGGACAGUACCAACCCAAAGCUUAUGACUGAAUCUCGAAUCAUGCGUAUAGCUAGGGGAUCAGGCCGCCUAGUGCAUGAGGUGAUGGAGAUGUUGGAAGAAUACAAACGACUUGCCAAGAUAUGCAGCAAGAUGAAGGGGCUUAAGAUUCCAAAGAAGGGAGAGAUGAGUUCCUUGUCCAGAAACAUGAAUGCACAAAACAUGAGCAAAGUUCUUCCCCCUCAGAUGUUGAAACAAAUAGGUGGUAUGGGUGGUCUACAGAGCUUGAUGAAACAAAUGGGUUCCGCGAAGGACAUGAUGGGUAUGUUUGGUGGUGGAGAGUAAUAAUGUGAUCACAAUCAAAGUACAGUUUUACGAGUUAAAUAUAUAGGGAAGUUACAUUGUCAAUCCAUGAUUGGUAGUAAAGAAUAUAACCAGAGCUGCCAUUCCCUAUCUUGGAAUUUGUUGGAAUCAGAUGUAUUUGGUGAAUUUGGUUGAUUUAGAAUGAUGAAAUGUGGUAUAAUUUUGUUGCACUGCUUGA